UGCUUAGCAGCAGAAAAGACGUAAACAAAGCGGAGAGCAACUGAGCAGCGAAAGCUAAGUAGCUAAUGUUUAGAGCCGCUAUUGCCACAUUUGGUUCAUCUAAAGGGGCUUUAAAUGCUCGUCUUAUCAAGGCUGAACUAUUUUAAUAAUUAAAACAGAAGUAGUCUAUUAACUGACAUCAAAACAGAAUGUAUGUUGUGAGUCUUUAAAUAACGUUUUAUAGCUAGUUAGCCUCUAUUAACCAUAUUGUGCAGGGCACAGAUUUUUUUUGUCUUCUGGGACAAUAUUCGUGUCUUUCUGUAGCGACGUGUAUUAAUAAUUCAUGGUGGCAACUAACUUGUUCGAUUGGUGAAUUCUAGACCGGUUUUUAAAAAGAGCUGCGAUCGUUAGUGCUGCAAGGUAACCAUGUAGCUAAUUUGGACUUAAAUAGUCCGGAUCCUAGUGUAAGGGUCGGUCCUGACUUAGUGACCGUACCGCCGUUGUUAUCUGGACCCGAACUGCGAUGUUUAGCCUAAUGGCGAACUGCUGCAAUUGGCUGAAACGGUGGCGAGAGCCCGCAAGGAAAGUGACCCUGGUCAUGGUGGGACUGGAUAACGCUGGCAAAACUGCAACAGUACGAGGAAUUCAAGGAGAAAACCCCGACGAUGUAGCCCCAACCGUUGGGUUUUCAAAGGUGGACCUGAAGCAAGGCAAGUUUGAGGUCACGAUCUUCGACCUAGGUGGUGGGAAAAGAAUCCGGGGCAUAUGGAAAAACUACUACUCAGAAUCACACGGUGUUGUGUUUGUCGUGGACUCCAGCGAUAUACAGCGACUCCAGGAGACCCGGGAGACCAUGGCUGAGGUUCUUCAGCACCCACGUAUCGCAGGCAAACCUGUUCUAGUACUGGCCAACAAACAGGACCAGGAAGGAGCCCUGGCCGAAGCAGACAUCAUUGAGAACCUGUCGUUAGAGAAGCUCGUAAACGAAAACAAGUGUCUCUGUCAGAUUGAGCCAUGCUCAGCAGUCCUCGGCUAUGGCAAAAAGGUGGACAAGUCCAUCAAAAAGGGCUUGAACUGGCUUCUUAGUAACAUUGCCAAGGACUACGAGGUGAUCGCUGAGCGUGUGCAGAAGGACACGGCAGAGCAACGUGCUCUGGAGGAGCAGGACAAGAAGGAGCGAGCAGAGAGAGUGCGACGGAUACGGGAGGAGAGAGAACGACAGGAGCGAGAAGCAGAACGAGAAGGUCGACCUGUCCCGGAGGAAGAGCCGGAUGAUGAAACCAUCCUCAGCCCCUUCCAGCCAAUCAGCAACGUCAUCUCUGAGAAUGAAAAUAAAGAGAAAGGGCAAAAUGAGCUGCAGGAGGUCAGGACCAACGGUCCAAUACCUGAUGUUGAUCAUGAGCUAGACGAGGAAUAUGAGGAGGAGGAGCUGGACGAUUCCAGACAAAUCCCAGAAAAUGCUAGUUCAGCAUCUGUAGCUUCAACCACUUCGGUGGAGCCAAACAAGAAGAAGAUGCUGAAGCUCCACCUAAAGAGGAAGCAUCGCGUUGACCCCUUAAGGAUAGACGACGGGCCGACAGAUAUCCCUGCCCCACCUCCUCCACCAGUCGGAUGGGCAACACCCAAAGUUUCAAGGCUGCCCAAACUGGAGCCCCUGGGAGACUCCAAACAUUCAGAGUUGUUCAAGCCUCUGCCUCCGCUCGCAAACAGACCGCGGCCUAACGGCGACUCUCACGACGUCGUUUUGUAAAAAAACCUCAAAUGUAGCGAGGUUUACACCUGACCAAUCACUGCUCUCCUUUUCUUUCUUGCUUUCUGUCUCAAGCAAGUGGCAACGUGACAACAUGACACACAGACGGCUCAGGAGAGGAGGAUCCUGGGUACGCACGGAGCAGCUGAACAAAAGCAGCGCAUCCUGGAAAUUGGCUUCUCUUUAAAAAAAACGAAAAGAAAAAAAAACAACAACUCACGAUUCAGUGAGAAUCACCAACAUCAAACUGAGCUGAUUGUUUUGUCUGGUGUGGACAUAAAGACUGAAAAUGUUAUUUUUUUAUUUUGCUACAGUGUUACAGACCAUCAACUGCUUUUCAUAGACAAAGAUUGUUUAUGUAUAUAUAUAUAUAUAUAUAUAUUUAGGAUUUAGUAUAUCAUUUCAUCUGUUACAGCUUUCAUAUAUGAACAUGCUUGAUUUUUUUUUAUGUUUUGCAUUUUCAGUUCUAGAAGUGUAUUUUAAACAUACUGGAUAUACUUGCAUAUACAUGUGCUUUUACUGAGGGUCUCUUUCAGAUCAGUCAGUUAUUUUUGUCCAGCAGUAAAAUGAACGGCACGAAUAUUCUUACGGAGCAGCUCUAAAUUAUAUUCCAGUAAAUUAUUUAUAUUUUUCACUACAUGCUAUUGUUAAAAGAACAAUUCUAGUAUUUGCUUUUCUUAAAUAUAUUAAAUAUAGUUCAUAAUACGUUUUUAUUGCUCACAAGAUAAUCAAGAAAAUCAAACCUGUAGCCAGACACUGAAACAGUUUGUCAGCAAGCUCUUGAAAAGUAUUAAUUUGUUCAUAUAUAUAUAUAUAUAUGUAUAUGUAUAUAUGUGUAUAUAUGCACAAAUACUUUACAAACACAUAUAUAUUUAUAUACUGUAUAUGUUUGUGCAUAUAUACACACACAUAUAUGUAUACAUAAACAAAUAUAUGCAUAGAUAUGAUAGAAUUCUAAUGUUAAAUGUAUACAUUAGGCCCUAGAUACCCAACAAACUGGCUUUUUAAAAAAUUGCAGACAAAAAAUGUAGACAUGAGGUGACAUGUCGACGACCUGACCUACUCAGUGAGCCAUAGCACAAACCAGUAGUGUGUGUUUAAGCAAUGCUGAAGGUGUUGUUAAACAGAGGCU